GGGGGUUGAUGAUAACGGGGUAUAAGAAUCCGCGGCGCCGUGGGAGAACUCCGCAUUUCACACCUGCAAUCCACUCCUACUUCUCUCCAAUUGGUCACCUGUGGGUUUAAAGCGGGACCUUCUUCAGUGGGCUCCGCACUCAUCUGCUCGGGAUCAAAGGAGCUUCUCCGGCUUCCACGUGGACGCGCCAAGCCUCUCCGGUGCCGCGGCGCCCCCCGGCGGCCCUUCCAGUCCCUUCUCCAUGGACUCGGGAUCGAACUGCUCCAGCCCGGAACCCAAAGCCGAACCCGAGACCAAGCCGUCGGAGCCCCGCGUGCGAAGGCCCUUGAACGCCUUCAUCAUUUGGACCAAGGAAGAGCGCCGCCGCCUGGCGCAGCUCAACCCGGACCUGGAGAACACGGACCUGAGCAAAAUCCUCGGCAAAGCUUGGAAAGCCAUGUCUCUGGCCGAGAAGCGGCCUUACAUGCAAGAAGCGGAGCGCCUCCGCAUCCAGCACACCAUCGACCACCCCAACUACAAGUACCGCCCCCGCAGAAAGAAGCAGGCCAAGAAGACCACCCCGGUGCAGGCGACCGAUGUGCCGUGCCCGGAAGACCCCCGUGAGCCGGGGUACCUGAUCCCGGAGCAGUGCUGGCAGCAGGGCAGGCGCUACGUGCGUGGCUACGAUGCAGAGACCCAGCUGUACUACACACAGGGCCCGCAGUUUGCCUUGGCCCAGCCCCCGCUGCCCCCUCCGCCCCCACCCCCACCGCAAUACCCCCAAGCCGGACCCUCCGAGGGUCCCUCCCAAGGCGAGCAGAGUGGCUGGAAGGGCUGCGUGUGCCACAUGUGCACAGGGACACCUCCUCUUGAUCUCUAUCUGGACCAGAUGAAGGUGGACCUUCUCGACUUGGAUGCCAGUGAGUUUGAGCAGUACCUCGGGAAUGAGGCCCAGUCGGAGUCUGCCGACACCGUCCACCACAUGGCUGCCACAUACAGGCAGUUUUCAUCACUGUCAUGA